CUUAUUUACAUCUUGACAAUUUUUCUUUCUCUUUUACUACUUUCUACCUCAUUAUAGUUUCAUGGAUUCAUAUGGAACUAAUUUCUCGGUUUCUAUUAAGCAAAAGGACGUCGUUGUCGCGGCAUUACCAGUACAAAACCAUUGGCUACCGAUGUCAAACCUCGACUUGCUUCUUCCGGAGCUAGACGUUGGAGUUUUCUUUUGUUACAAGAAAUCUGAUUUUUAUACAGAAAAUGUUAACCUCCUCAAGAAGUCUCUAGCUCAAGCACUGUCCCCCUUUUACCCGCUUGCGGGAGAAAUUGUCCAAAACAUCCACGGUGAACCCGAGUUGCUUUGUAAUAGCCGUGGUGUCGAUUUUAUUCAUGCCUAUGCUGAUGUCAUGCUUAAGGACAUUGAUCUUCAUCACCCUGAUGAUUCUGUUAAAACAAAAUUUGUUCCUGUUAAGAAAAGUGGUGUUUUUUCAGUUCAGGUGACCGAGCUAAACUGUGGAGGGCUAGUUAUCGGAUGCAAGUUUGAUCAUCGAGUAGCGGAUGCUUACUCAAUGAACAUGUUCUUGGUAGCAUGGGCCGAGAUUAGCAAGUCUGAAGCAAUAUCAACUGUCCCAUCUUUUAGACGUUCGAUGCUGAACCCAAGACGCCCGCUACUUAUUGACAGCCUCUACGACACCUUAUUCGUUCCUUUGUCAUCACUCCCUCCACCAAAUCCUUCUGUCCCGACCAACCCUCUCAUAAGCCGCAUAUACUACGUCAAAUCUGAAGCUAUCAAUAAUCUUCAAUCUAUUUCUAGCUUGAAUGGAAAUCCUAAAAGAAGCAAGCUUGUAUCGUUGACCGCUUAUUUAUGGAGGCUAAUGAGUGAGUGUGAAGAUGGGUCGAAAACUUGUAGGAUGGGCGUUGUAGUGGAUGGGCGUAAAAGGCUUGAUAAGCUCUCUUUGCCUAUGGAAAAUUACUUUGGCAACAUACUAUCUAUCCCAUAUGGUCAAGUGGUUUCGGAUCAACUAAGGGACAUGCCACUUAGCCAAGUGACUACUUUAGUCGAUGAUUUUAUAAAUGUUGCUACAACGGAAGAUCAUUUUAGAGGGCUCAUUGAUUGGGUCGAGUUGAAACGACCCAAACAAGCAGUUGCAAAGAUAUACACCAAAAUAGAAGAAAACGACGGUGAUGCAAUCGUGGUGUCGUCAGGGCAACGUUUUCCGGUGGAAAGUGUUGAUUUUGGAUGGGGAAAGCCACGAUUUGGGUCGUAUAUGUUCCCUUGGGGCGGGCAAACCGGAUAUGUAAUGCCGAUGCCAAGUGCAAAAAGUAAUGGAGACUGGAUUGUUUAUAUGUAUCUUUUGGAAAAGCAUUUGGAGAUAGUCGAGACUAAGGGAAGUGAGGUCUUUCAUCCACUAAAUUCGACAUAUCUAGACUUUUAAUGUCAUAUAC